CAGAGAGAUAGAAGAAGAGAGAAUGGUGGGGUGGGGUUAUUAUCACCAACACCACUAAGCCGACACAAGUCACAACCACCAUCAACAACGCCACUAUCGCCCACCUGCAAAUCGAACCAAACCGCUAAAAGAUAUAUAUUUACGUAGAGAGAGUGGUUGUGAAGAUGGUGGUGGUGGUCAGUGUUGAUGGCGGCGAUAAAGGUGAAGACUGGAGGUGAUGGUGGUGGUGGUACCAGAGAGAAAGAGCAGGGAGAGAGAAAGGGAUGAUCUGGGGACUAUCCGGGAACAAAAAUUGAAAACUUGGGGACUAUUCAGUUGCUGCUUCACUCCACUGAUCCAGGAUCAGAACCAGUUUAUUCAAGUCUUCCUGCUUCGUCUUCGACGUCGUCGAUGGAUUUGGUAACCAACGGAAGCGUUGAUUUUAGAGGCAGAGUUGCUAACAAGAAGAAAACCGGUGGAUGGAAAGCUUCUCCGUUUAUUAUCGCAAAUGAGGCGGCGGAGAGGCUGUCGGCGUUCACGGUGUCAGCAAGUUUGGUGUUGUAUUUGACGAAGGAGAUGAAGGAGUCGCUGCCGGAUGCCGCCACGCACGUGAGUGAUUGGGUCGGUGCGACGUAUCUUCUGAUGCUUCUCGGAGCUUUUCUAGCCGAUGCAUAUUUGGGACGUUAUCUCACCGUUAUUCUCUCCUCAGCUGUUUACCUUGUGGGAAUGGUAAUGUUGACAGUUUCGGCAUCGGUCAACACCUUACGCCCGCCACCUUGUACUGCAACAUCAAACUGCCCGUCAGCAACCCAGGGCCAGACAGCAUUCCUCUACUCCGCCUUAGCCCUAGUAGCCCUAGGCACGGGCGGGGUCAAGCCCAACGUCCCGUCAUUCGGUGCUGACCAACACGACGAGAACGACGAGAAAGAACUCUCGUACAAAUACACUUUUUUCAACUUCUUUUUCUUGUCCAUUAAAGUUGGGGCAUUGUUAGGACUGACAAUAAUGGUGUAUAUAGAACAGGAGAAAGGGUACGCUUGGGGGUUUGGGCUCCCGACCGGGAUCAUGUUUGCGUCGGUCCUGAUUUUGGCAGCCGGGUUUCCGAGGUAUCGGUAUAAGAAGCCGAUGGGGAGCGUUUUUACCCGAUUUGUUCAGGUGAUUGUGGUUUCUGUUAGAAAUCAUUUUAAAGGCGUUGAAGUGAGUCCGGAAGUUAAGCUUUAUGAGGUUGCUACCGAAGAAUCUGAUAUCGUGGGUGCAAGAAAGCUCUCUCAUACUCCUCAAUACGGAUUCUUGGACAAAGCAGCAGUGAUGGAAGAUCCCGAGUUAACAGACGUUAACGACCGAUGGAAGCUAUGCACCGUGACACAAGUUGAAGAAUUAAAAACCUUUUUACGAGUGUUCCCGGUAUGGGCUUCUACCAUAGCUCUUUCCCUCUCCUUAGCCCAACAAUCCACAUUCUUCCUAGCCCAAUCCAAAAUCCUUGACCGACACCUCGGGUCAAACUUCGUCAUCCCACCGGGGUCCAUGCAAGUUUUUGCAGUCGUAAACGCUUUCAUCACCGUCCCCAUUUACGAAAGGUUUGUUGUCCCCGUCCUACAAAAGAGAACAAACCACCACCGUGGCCUCACAUCCUUGCAACGGAUGGGUCUCGGUUUGUUCAUUUCCAUUUUUGCCCUUGCCUCGGCUGCUGCAAUCGAACACAUGCGUAGGACCCACUCAAAUCCGGAAGGUUUAAGCGUGUUUUGGUUGGUCCCUCAGUUUUUUAUAUUGGGUGGGGCCGAAUCUUUCACUUACGUUGGACAACUAGAGUUUUUUUAUGAUGAAGCGACUGAUGGUAUGAAAAGUGUUUGCGGGGCGUUGUUUUUGAGUGAGAUCGGGAUCGGAAGUUGGGUAAAUAGCGCACUUGUUAAGAUUGUUGAGCGGGCAACAGGGACGGGGGAGAACGGAUGGUUGAGAGAUGAUCUUAAUGAGAGUAAACUCGACUACUAUUACUCGAUCUUGGCUGCAAUAAGUGCGGUUAAUUUGUUCAUAUACGUGUGGGUUGCACGAAGGUACACGAGUCCACAUCAAGGAUAGUAGGUGUGAUUAUGCUGAUAUGAUCAUAAUCAUUAGCAAUGUAUAUGAACACCAGAUAAGUUGUAGUAGUUGGUUCAAUUUAUUUUUGGCAAAGAAAGUUGGUAAGUUUAUAAAGUGGUUAUAUUUUUAUUGGAAUGAAAGCUAUGUUUUUGCA